CCCCGGGGCUAGCGGGUUGAUGCAGACUUGCUCCGCUCCAGCCCCGGGCGCGGUGGUCCCGACUCGAAGCCCGGGGAGUCGCCGCUGGAGAGGGGCUCGGUGCCCGGCGGGGGACUGCAGGCGAUGACUCAGGAUGCAGCCAGGGGCCACGACGUGCACAGAGGACCGCAUUCAGCACGCCUUGGAACGCUGCUUGCAUGGACUCAGCCUUGGCCGCCGCUCCAAUUCCUGGUCAGCUGGGCUGUGUCUGAACUGUUGGAGCCUCCAGGAACUGGUCAGCAGGGACCCUGGCCACUUCCUCAUCCUGCUGGAACAAAUCCUGCAGAAAACUCGAGAGGUUCAGGAGAAGGGCACCUAUGACCUCCUGGCGCCGCUGGCCCUGCUGUUCUACUCGACCGUCCUCUGUACACCACACUUCCCACCAGACUCUGACCUCCUUCUGCAGGCGGCCAGCACCUACCACCGGUUCCUGACCUGGCCCGUCCCUUACUGCAGCAUCUGCCAGGAGCUACUCACCUUCAUCGAUGCUGAACUCAAGGCUCCAGGAAUCUCCUACCAGCGCCUGGUGAGGGCGGAGCAGGGCCUGUCCGUCAGGAGCCAUCGCAGUUCCACCGUCACGGUGCUGUUGCUGAAUCCUGUGGAGGUACAGGCUGAGUUCCUCGCUGUGGCCGACAAGCUGAGCACACCUGGGCACUCGCCCCAUGGCACCUACAUCACCCUGCUUCUGCAUGCCUUCCAAGCCACCUUUGGGGCCCACUAUGACAUCCCGGGCCUGCACCGGAGCCUGCAGUCCAAGACCCUGGCCGAGCUGGAGGACAUCUUCACGGAGACCACAGAGGCACAGGAGCUGGCCUCUGGCAUUGGGGAUGCAGCCAAGGCGCGGCAGUGGCUCAGGACCAAGCUGCAGGCGGUGGGAGAAAAAGCCGGCUUCCCUGCGGUCUUAGACACUCCCAGAGCCGGGAAGCUGCGCACCAUCCCCCUCCCAGUUGCCAGGUGCUACACCUACAGCUGGAACCAGGAUAGCUUUGACAUCCUACAGGAAAUCCUGCUCAAGGAACAGGAGCUGCUGCAGCCAGGGAUCCUGGGGGACGACGAAGAGGAGGAAGAAGAGGAAGAGGAGGAGGAAGAGGAGGAUCUGAAAGCAGACGGACAUUGUGCUGAAAGGGACUCUCUGCUGUCCACCAGCUCUUUGGCCUCCCACGACUCCACCCUGUCCCUGGCCUCCUGCCAGACCUCAGGGCCAGCCUUGUCCCAGCACCUGCUGACCUCGUUCGUGUCGGGCCUCUCAGAUGGCAUGGACAGCGGUUAUGUGGAGGACAGCGAGGAGAGUUCCUCAGAGUGGCCCAGGAGGCCCAGUGGUAGCCAGCAGCGCCGGAGCCAACGCAGGCCUGGGCAGAAGUUUAACACGAUCUACAGGUUCUUUAAGACCACCAGCCAGUUGGUGCUACGAAGGGACUCCCGGAGCCUGGAGGGCAGCCCGGACUCUGCCGUACCCCUACGGCGGGCAGGGAGUCUCUGCAACCCCUUGGACAGCCCCGCCACGCCCCCAUCCCGAGCCCAGCGCUCUCGCUCCCUGCCCCAGCCCAAGCUCGACCCUCAGCUGCCCAGCUGGCUCCUGGACUCUGCCGCCACCCCACGUCCCCAGCGCCGCCGCCCCUUCUUAAGUGGCGACGAGGACCCCAAGGCUUCCACGCUCCGUGUUGUGGUCUUCGGCUCCGAUCGCAUUUCGGGGAAGGUGGCACGAGCCUACAGCAAACUCCGGAGACUGGAGAGCAGCUGCCCACUCCUCACACGGUUCUUCAAGUUGCAGUUCUUCUACGUGCCGGUGAAGCGCAACCAUGCCACCAGCCCUGGCACCUGCCCAGCCCCUCGGAGCCAGACUCCCCCCCUGCCCAUGGACUACCCGAGGCACCCCAACCCUGCAGAACUGGGCCCAGCCCCGUGGGAGGAAAGCACCAAUGACAUCUCCCACUACCUCGGCAUGCUCGACCCCUGGUAUGAACGCAACGUGCUGGGCCUCAUGCACCUGCCCCCGGAAGUCCUAUGCCAGCAGUCCCUGAAAGCUGAGCCCCGGCUGCUGGAGGGCUCGCCAACCCAGCUGCCCAUCCUGGCUGACAUGCUGCUCUACUAUUGCCGCUUUGCCGCCCGGCCAGUGCUGCUGCAGGUCUAUCAGACAGAGCUGACCUUCAUCACUGGGGAGAAGAUGACAGAAAUCUUUAUCCACUCCCUGGAGCUGGGCCACUCUGCCGCCACACGGGCCAUCAAGGCUGCUGGCCCUGGCAGCAAGCGGCUGGGCAUUGAUGGCGACAGGGAAGCCAUCCCUCUAACACUACAGAUACGUUACAACAAGGGGGUCAUCAGUGGACGGAGUCGCUGGAUUAACCUGGAGAAGGUCUGUACUUCCGUCAAUCUCCACAAGGCCUGCCGGAAGCAGGAGGAGCUAGACUCUAGCAUGGAGGCUCUGACGCUGCACCUGACAGAAGUGGUGAAACGGCAGAACCCCAAAUCCAAGAAGAGCUUUAACCAGAUUAGCACGUCGCAGAUCAAGGUGGACAAGGUGCAGAUCAUUGGCUCCAGCAACUGCCCCUUCGCCGUGUGUCUAGACCAGGACGAGAGGAAGAUCCUGCAGAGCGUGGUCAGGUGUGAGGUUUCUCCCUGCUACAAGCCGGAGAAGAGCAGCCUCAGCCCCCCACCCCCAAGGACCCCCGACCUGCCAUCCCAGGCUACUACACAUGACCUCUGCUCCCUCCUCUGCCUGCCCAUCAUGACCUUCAGUGGAGCCCUGCCCUAGCGGGACCCUGGCAACAGACUGAACUGGAAGCCUGGAGGCCAGCCUCUCUAAGUGGCCGUGUGACCGAGGUGGAUGAUUUCUCUGGGGCUUCAGGGAUCUGGGAAAGAAAUGGGCCUUAGUAGGGAACGGGGCGUGGCCAUGGAGCUGCUGCGCUAGAGAGGCAUGGAUGAGCUGGUCUGGAACCCUUCCUAGAAGGAAGAUCUGAAGCUGUGGGCUCCGGAUCCGGUUUAGCUCUAUUUUCCCAACCCUUGCCCGGUUAAACAUGUUGAGGGUGAACUCAGAGUAGGGAGCUUCUCGGCGGGGAGAGCUGGGCCUGAUGUUUCCUUCCUUCCUGAGCUUUGGUCCCACCACCAUCCUGCCCCCCUGCCGACUUCCUCCCUGAUUCCCCGAGAAGCAGCACUAAAGCCUGGCCUGGCCACUGGCAGGACCUGGUGCCCAUCACUGGCCUGAAUUCCGCAGCGGUUCAUUUACUAAGUGACCUGAGGAUGGCCGUGAACUUCAUUGAGCUUCUAUGUCCUCAGCACUAAAAUGGAAGAGGAGGAGGCAAGACUUCCUUCCUGGGGGAGAAGUGCCUCACCCCACCCCCCUGAACAUGGAUGUUGCUUUUCUUUAGGCACUUGGGAUCCUCUCACUUCUUUGAAUACUCCAUAGUCACUUGUUCCCCAGCAGAACCCUGACAAAAGGGGUUAGAAGCUAUGAAAGGGGCCUUCCCAGGGAGGCCUCUUCUUGAUCAAGGUCAGGGUUGGGUGGCUCAGGCCCUCCAUCCAGCUGGCCCCAGUGCCUACCACUUGCUGUCUCAGUCUUUGAGCUGGGGCACCUCUAUGCAGACUCCUGCAUCCCAACCAAGCUCACUGGCACUGUGUGGUCCGAGAAGAGCCCAGUGCAAUGGAGGAUGGAAUGGCUGAGCUCACACUCUUAGGGCCUAACUCGAGAAAAACAGACUCCUGCCUGGGGCACAACGAGCACAUGGCAGCGCCUGAGGUUAAAGGUUGAAAUGAUUUUGAGUUGCGGGAUACAGAUGUAGGCGAGGGUGAUGAGAUAAAUGACAGGACCAGAAUGUGGACUGACUGAUAGAGACAUCAAGUUAGGUCCUGCGUGGGCCAGUCCUACCUCCUGCUGGCCCUUCCUGCUAUCCUGGGCUGGGAAGAGCUGAGGAUCCCCAGCCCACAGUGCAGGUGUCUUGGAGAAGUGGAUGGGGCCUCUCUGUCCCAGCCCUUUGUUCUUGCUCCAGGCUGCAGAACAACAGGGGUUAACUAUGUACCUCCAGUACUUUGUGCUGUGUGCGUGGAUUGUCUGACCCAAGGACCUGAUGGAUGGGAUGGAAGAUGAUUGUCAAAUAAACAUGGACUUGACCUCUGGG